AUGUUCGAUAAACUCAAGGGUGUUGAUGUUCAAGCGGAAGCAAGUUAUGUCAACCCCUAUGCUGUGGAUGUUAUUCAGGCAAAGAGAAGGGAUCUAGUUUAUGGGAUCUCACAUACUGAAGAUCUACUGGAUCUUCUGGUCACAGAGGGGGUCAUGACAGCAGCAAAGAGAUCCAUCGUUUUGACCAUCAGGACUCACAAAGAUCAAAACUCCAGGGUCCUGGAGGCCAGAGGUGAAAGAGCAUGUCGGAAAUUCUUCUAUCUGUGUCUUAUGUUGGCAGAACCCGACCUCUAUCAGCGAAUCAAGACCUAUGUGAGUGGUGUGAAUGAACAUCAUCGAGACACAAGGAGACAGCUGAUUGGAUACUUGCUGGUGAGGGACCAGGAGGGGAUCGUUGAAAUUAUUGAGAGAAUGGUCCCUCACAAGACUUGUACUUUAUUUGCCACCAAAGGAACUAAGAAAUCCAGCCCCGAGAAGGAAGACAGAAGCACUAUGCCACUUUUGAAAUCAGAUAAGCACAAAGCAGCACAAAGUAAAGCAGAAAAGCUCAUCCACAUGAUUGCUAAAGACGGGGAGCUUGCACUCCUGGAGGAGCUGUUAGAAGACACUGACCGCUAAGAGGUUAACGCUGUCAAUUCCUCCAAUGAGACUCUGAUACAUGUGGCUGCUGAGUAUGGUCACCUGUCCAUCAUUGAGCUCCUGAUCCGUAAAGGAGCCAGAUUGCGAUUGCAGGAUAAUAAUGGUCACACAGGUCUUCACAGAGCAGCCAGCAGGGGUUACACUGAGAUCAUCAUGGUAACCGCUCUCAUAGACAGCGGAGCGAAUGUGAACAUGUUAGACAAACAGGGGUCCACUCCUCUGCUGUUGUCAGCUGAAGUGCUGGUAGCAAAACAGGCCAAACUGGAUGCUACUUUACCCAAUUUCUCUUCAGCGUUGCACCUGGCUGUCCGCAGUGGCAGUGUUCCCAUAGUGCAUACAUUGCUGGAAAAGGGAUUAGACCCCAACCCUACUGGACCUCAAGCCCAAACCCCUCUACACCUGGCAGCUCGGUGCAAUAGGCCAACAUUAAUUGAUAUGUUGUUAAGAGCUGGAGCACAGGUAAAUGCAAUAGCCCAGGAUGGGCUGACCCCUCUACAUAUAGCCAGUCAGCGGGGCCAUGCAGACCCAGUGAUCCAGCUUCUUCAAGGCAAGGCUGACCCAGGAGUCAAAUACAGGCUGGGGAGGACAGCCUUACACUGGGCAGCCUCUUCCCAGGAUGAAAGCUGUGUGGUAGAUUUGCUGCUGUCGGUCAAAGCUAACCCAAACACCAUUGAUAACGAGAAAAAAACUUCCCUCCACCUGGCUGCUUUGGAAGAGAAAGUAGAUGCCGUGACCUCUCUGUUGUCCCACAAGGCAAAGGGAGGAGCUAAAGACGUAGAUGGCUCCACGCCUCUCCAUUCUGCAGCAGCUGGUGGACAUGCCAGCGUGGUUUCAGCUCUUCUACAGUUACUCAACAACAAGGGCAUAGAGGAGAGGAGUGCAUGGAGGAUAACACCGCUCCAUGCUGCAGCGGAGAGGGGCCACGAUAGUGUGGUGGUGCUUCUUCUGGAGGCCGGGGCAAAGGUCAACAGCACAGAUCACAGUAAAGACACUCCUCUGCACUGUGCUACUCGAGGUGGACACCAGGAGGUAGUGAAGAGACUUGUAAACUGGGGCCAUGCAGGGCACUUGGGACUGCGGAAGAAGGUGAAUCUGCAGGCUACCAAUAAUGUGAGGAUUGCAACUUUACUCAUGAGUUUCUUAUGAAAUGAAGGCAGAGGAGUUAAGAAUGCAAACGGCGGGAGUAUUUAA